CCUCGGCCUGUGAGGGGCGGGGGUCGCGGCCUGGCUGCCUCACGGGGCCGCAGCGCUCCGAGCCGCAUCCCCAGCCGCGCACAGCGCCAGGGAGAGGCAGCGCCGGUGCCUUCCCCGCCUGGCCGGGGCGGGGCAGGGGGGCGGCCGCUGCCGCCGCUUCCCGGUCGUCCGCUGCGGUCCCGGCCGCGCCAGGAGCCAUGAGCGGCUCCGGCUCGGAGGAGCCGCAGCCCAGCCAGGCGGCGGAGGACCGGCAGCAGGAGGCCGAGCAGGACUGGGCGGCGGCCAAGGCUUUCUACGACACUGUGGUUACCCAGAGGACCCGGCCGCCCAAGCCCCAGAACGCCAUCACGGUGGCCGUGUCCUCCCGAGCACUCUUCACCCUGGUGGAGGAGCAGAAGAUCUACGAAGAGUUUGGGCUGGAGAAGUACGUGGAGUACCAGCAGAACAACGAGAACGUCAUCCUCAAGCCCGGGCCGGCGUUCUACUUCGUCAAGGCGCUGGAGCAUGUCAAUGCCCGGCUUCUUGAGCUGUACCCUGGUGAUGAGGAACGCUUUGAUAUUGUCCUGAUGACUAACAACCAUGCCCAGGUGGGAGUGAGGCUCAUAAACAGCAUCAACCACUAUGGAUUAACAAUUGAACGUUUCUGUAUGACGGGAGGAGAGAGCCCCAUUGGUUACCUGACUGCGUACCUCACAAACCUGUACCUCUCUGCAGAUUCUGACAAAGUGCAGGAAGCUAUAGAAGCAGGCAUUGCAGCAGCUACAAUGUUCUCUGCCAACAAAGAUGUUUCUUACUCGGACACACAGCUGAGGGUGGCUUUUGAUGGGGAUGCUGUUGUCUUCUCUGAUGAAUCAGAACAGAUUUACAAAGAGCAAGGAUUAGAUAGAUUUUUUGAACAUGAAAAGAUGAAUGAAAAUAAGCCACUUGCACAGGGUCCUUUGAAGGGUUUUCUGGAAGACCUGGGAAAACUCCAGAAGAAGUUCUAUGCAAAAAACGAACGAUUAAAUUGUCCCAUAAGGACCUACCUGGUCACAGCCAGAAGUGCCGCAAGCUCUGGAGCCAGAGUGCUGAAGACGCUCCGUAGCUGGGGUCUGGAGAUUGACGAGGCACUUUUCCUGGCGGGAGCACCCAAAGGCCCCGUCCUGGUGAAGAUCCGCCCGCACAUUUUCUUUGAUGACCAGAUGUACCACAUCGAAGGGGCACAGAAAUUGGGCACCCCAGCUGCACACGUGCCCUACGGCAUUGCUCAGAAGUACAACAAAUCUACAUGACUGGAAGGUGCCAUUAAGGAUAAGGUUCUUUACUCAGCCAGCCUCUAACCUACCAAUAGUUACAUCUGAAAACCUCUGCAGUUGUGUAUUGUGAGCACUGUGUUUAAAGAUUUAACCUCUGGCUAGAGCAGCCUUUAAAGGAAGUAUUUUUAAUAUUGGUAAGUUUUUAAUAGAGUUAUUUUAAUAUAAUUUUUAAGCAGCUUAGAUUUUUUUACCUGUCUGUAUCUAACACUGGUUUUGAAAUUAGGAGAAGAUUUGUACUGUUUUUAUAGCUUGAGACACAUUCUUAGAGACAAAACAGUUAUAUUUUAUCUAAGAAAACUGUUGUCGGGUUAUUUAUAAGAAAAUUCAUGCUGCAAUGCUGGUUCUUGACAGUUAUUUCUGAAGUUCUCAAAAGCACAGUUUACAUGUAACUGUUUACCUGUUGGUGGUUUGCUGGUUAAAUGUGUUCAGUAGCUCUGUCAUGACACGGCUUUGGCUUCUAGUAAAAUAUUAGUGCGUUUGGUCGUGUUUACAUGUGUUUUUCUAUAUUGUUUUCUUAUCUUAAUAAAGCUGGCUUUACAGAA